ACAACACAAAGCCUCCCAUUUGUCAUGAUUUGAUGAUACGUAAAUAUAGUUCAUAUCCACAGGAACACAGAUAUGAAAAUUUCCAAUGAGUUUGUUUAAAAGAAAAGGCCCUACUUCAGUUGAGAUUGCACAUCAAAAUGAUAUCAAGCAAAACAUCACAAAAGAACUAUCAUCAUGUGUAAAGAGAAUACAGCGAGAACAGCAGCUGAACUCAGAUGGACUGAUCCUCAGCACUGAUUCAGCAAAUGCUAUUUGUAACAUUCUGGAGAGUAUAUUUCUUCAUGGCUGCAAGCCACCAGUUUCCAAAAAGAUAGCAAAUUACAUUGGUAUAAACCAGGGAUAUGAAAACGGAGCUCUACAACUUAACUUCUGGUUGUUUUGUGAAAGAUUUACUCACAGUGAUGUAGUAGCUCAGCUGAAGAGAUUGGCUCAAGUGAAUACAGAGAUUGGGCUGUGCAGAGCCUGGAUCCGAGUGGCUCUCAAUGAUGGGUUAAUGGAAAGCUAUGUCAAUGCCAUGGUCGCAGACAGAAGAUCUCUUGAGUACUUUUAUAGCAGUACAUCAUAUUUUAGAGAUCAUGAACAACCAGGGAUUUUUCUGUCUUACUUAAAAGGAUUGAUGUCCUAUGAGUUCCAGCUGUCCUACAACUCAAGUGUUCUCAAUAACUGGCCUAAUUCCUCGUUAGUUCUCGCAGGGCUGAUUGAUGCUGAGAACACACCUCUGCCUGUCAUACACCCUAAGAGAGCUUCAGGAAAACCUGAGAUAGAACAGAGGGAGGAAGAGGUUGAGACUAUAAAUCCUGUCAACAGACAAAAGGUACGGACGAAAAAAAGAACUAGUUUGGAUGAUGGAGGGUUAUCUCCCCUCCCACAGGGAAGAUCAGUGUCUGAGUACAGUUCAGAGCUGACACAGGAGGAUGUGGACAAAAUUCGUGGAAUGAAGCCUAGAAAUAAAUCUAGGUCAGAAUGUUCCAGUUCUAGUCGAGUUUCCUGCCCUGAUCCUGUUAAAUACAACAGGAACCCUGCAUCAUAUGUAACAGAUCAUGUAAAUGACAGUGAGCCCAUGUUUGAUGAUGAUGAUGAAGCAGGUGCUCUUUCUAAGGACAGUGGUAGUCACAAUACUACAGUCAAACAAAAUGAUGAAAGAAUUGAUCAAAUGUCUCCCAGUGUUAACCUUCCCUCAGACUCAGAGCUGAGUUCACCUGGAAAACCUUCAUUAAAUGAUCCAAGCUCCUAUGGGGAACUGAGUUACUCAAGUGCUUCUGGUGAGCUCGUAGACUGUAAGGACUUAGAGGAGGAUAGUUACUGUGAUACUGAUGGAUCAGGACUUCAUAUAAGUCCUCUAGAAAUGAAUGGAUAUGAGGAUAUCCAUGAAUGUCUUGAGGAAUCUAAAGAUACUCAGAGUGAGCAUGAAAAAACACAGCCUGUGUUGAUCUCAGAAAACAAAGCUAGUGAAAUAAUACUGAGCCCUCAACAGCAAGAUUUUGUGAAUGAAAGAAUUUUAGAGGAUAUUCUCAACACAGAACUCAGUAGUCCCAGUGAUAAGAGAGACCAUGUUACCAGUGAUUCCUCAUAUGAUAACAGUAAAGAUGAUUCAUUGGAUGAGAAGGCAAAAGCAAGGAAAAGGUCAAAGGGUAAAAAGGAGAACCUGAAGCCAGAGUUUAAUGUGGCACCAAGGGACAUAGUUCAGCCUCAGCUGUCCCCAGCCGUAGCUGACGCAAUAGAGACAACGAUGAUGGACCAAACUACAAAAAAGAGGUUCUCUGUCGGGAAUGAGGAGGACGAGGAUUUUUCUUCUUCUCCAAGGCGACCUAGAUCAGGUGCUUUAUCUGUUUGUCUAGAGCCAGAAAAUAAUGAUGGAGUUGGAAUAUCUUCACCUCCAAGUGUAGGAAACAGUCUUGGUGCUCGGAGUGGGUGGUCAUCAGAUUUUGAACAACCUGUACGGCCAACUACGAUUGCUACAAUGCCAGUCAGAAAUAAAUCUGAGAGUUUUAACUCUCUGCUGAAAAACUACACACCUUCCAGCCAGGUUGCCUCGCCUACUAUGGAGGAUGUGCUUCAAGAACUUCCAGAAUACAGCAACAUCUCCUCAUCAUCACCACAGGUGGAUCUAACAUUUUCCACAUCUCAGGAAGAAGAUUACGAGAUAGUCGGUGACCCAGAGUCAGAGGCCGCUGAAAGAGAUUCUCAGAAUCAGGCGUCUUUGCUUGGGGUGAUAGCCAAUGAGAAAGGAUUAGAUGCCCAGAAUUACCAGUGUGGCAGCUGUAAAAGACCAAUUGGGUUCAUUUAUGGAAAACCUCGGGUUUGUACAUUUGAUGGGAAGUAUUACUGCUUCGAGUGUCAUGAAAAUGAGGAGUAUUACAUUCCAGCCUUCAUCAUUCAUAACUGGGACUUCAGGAAACAUAUAGUGUCCAAGAAGUCCCUGACCUUCCUACAAGACAUUGAGGAUCAUUCCAUCAUUGAUGUUUAUGUUGUGAACCCCAGAUUGUAUGAACAUAUCAAAGAAAUGGACCAGCUACAGGUUUUAAGGAAACAACUUUGCCAUUUGAAGACCUACUUAUUCACUUGUAAACAGUCAACUGCAGAUGAAUUCAGAAAGAGCAUGUGGCCAAAGGAAUACUUAUAUGAGGGCAUUCAUACUUACACAUUAGCUGAUCUGCUACAAGUGCCCUCAGGACAGCUGAUACAAAGUCUGAAAAAGUCCAUCAAGUUUGCCACUAAGCAUGUGUAUGAGUGCCCUCUGUGUAGUGGUAAAGGGUUCAUCUGUGAGCUCUGUCACAACCCCAAGGUCAUUUAUCCAUUCCAGACAGAUAACACUAUCAGGUGUCCAAAGUGUAAGUCAGUGUUCCACAAAGCCUGCAAGUCAGACUCCAAGUCUUGUCCCAAAUGUGCCCGGAGAAGCAAGAGAAAAUCACAAACGGGGGAUUGCCUGGAAACCCCUGAUAUCCAUGACUAUGCUUUUACUCCUCAACUUGUCACUUGACAGGAAUUUCCUAUCAUUUUUGAUCACCAUGCUGGUAUCUGGCCAAGAAAAUUAUACAUGAAUCAGCUGACAUUUUUUGUAAAUUUAAUACUCGAUCAUUUUAUAGCCAUCACUCAAAGACAUACCUUAGUAUGCCAAUAUUUCAAUGAAAAAUUAUUUUAGAAACGAAUCUACAGUGCCUUUUAACAAUUUUGUAUAUUUUAAAAUACCUGUGGUGUUUUAUUGUACGUAUUUUUCAUAGAAAAUUUUAAAUGAGUACAUGUAUUUUAAAAGUUGAAUCAGCUUUAAUCUAAAUCAUUCAAGUAUGUUCAGUUUUAAAAUAUUUAAUGUAUCUUAUAAACAAGCUACAUGAAGAGUUCUGUCUUUGUCCCAAUUAUGCUUGGUUUGGGGGAAAAUAAGGCAGCAAUGUUGAUAGUACAAUUGAAGAUAAAAUUGAAGGGACAAUAUUAAUUUACAAAUCUUUACACAAAUAUGGAGUCUAUGAAGUUACUCGUUAGAAUAAAUUUGGGUAAACUUAUGAUUUUAUUUGUGCAGAACAAAGCUAAUAUUGUAUUGGUACUCCUGUAAACAAUUCUUUUUUUGUCAUUUUAUUGAAAAUAAAUGUUUAUGUCGUUUUAGUAUAAAAGUAUUGUGUUUCUAAUU